AUGAGCAAAGCUUACAGCCGCAGAGAUCCAUGCACAGGGGGCACUCUACCAAGUUAACUGCAAACCAAUUAUGAGUAUUCCAACAAUCAAUCGAUCUUAAAAAAGGCGAAAUACUUUAAUACCAGCAAACACGUGUUAAUUCACAAUUAUAUGACCAAUUAUCGGUAAUGUAAAGAUCAGAGUAGUUUCCCCCACCGAAGCUCUACUGUAUCCCCUCGUUUGUGUGCAAUCGCGGCAAAGUUAAAGCAGAAAUCGAGUUACAUAUGCGCCGUGGCCCUGCGGGAGUCAUUCCGGUGGAUCCAAGAGGCUUUCGGGGGGGAUGCGAACACCCAUGGGCUGUGCUGUGCACUUCGAGUGUAUUUUUGUAAGGUCCGCGGCAAACAAAUGAAGGACAGCCCAGUGUAACCGGGCCAUAUCAUUCACACCGCUUGGGAGCCAGGCAAACGUAAAUGAUAUGUGGAGCAAGCACAGCCGAAGACCAAAUGAGCUACGGUUUCAUUCCGCUGAAUUCCUUUGGCCAGCUUUUGUUGUUGCUGCAGGAAGAGCCGAGAGGAUCAUCUUUAUGGAAAACAACCAGCACAAAACGACGAGAAGGACGCAGAAAUCAUAAAGUGGUUUUGAACAAGUUAAAAAAGCGCAUAGGGGAAAAAAAGGAAAAAGCUCAGAACCAAUCUCAUUCAUAGCGAUCCGUGUGCACCGUGGGACAAAAUACAUUU